AUUCCAAUCACUGCGAACGAUUUGUCAUAGAUCGGAUCAUCAGCAUAAAUGAGAAAUGUAGAUGACAAUAUUUAGGAUGAGUGAGUGCUUUGUUUGGGAGAAAAAAACUACGGAUGAUCUCAAUCUAAUUUAAACCAAAGCAUAAUGACAUCAAGAAUAGUUGAACAUUUUGAAUCAAUUCAAAAAAAUAUGGGCGCAUUUGAAUCUUAUAUCGACGAGGAAAUUGUUCAUAUUGAAACCAAUACUAUUCAAAAAGAAAUGUCCGAAAUCAAUGUUCUCACCUGUACUAUUGAUCAUAAUAAUAAUCCACAUCGUAAUCAUCCACAGAUUCGAUCGAAUUCGGGAUCAAAAUGGCCAUGUACUGGACAUUAUAAACCUGAACUUGGAUUAGGUCUUUUAAAAAAAUUAUUCGAUACGAUCAACACAGGAAAUAGCAAUGAGAAUUCUCAAUUUCAAGCAACUAAUAAAAUCGAUGAUCUCGACAACAAUGUUCAUUCAAUUCAACAAACGGACCAUUCAUCAUCAAUAAUUCCAAUGAAUGAUAACUGUGUUCAAUUCUACAAUGAUUCCAAUCAAACUUACGACAAAAACAAUAUCAUCAAUAUUUCUACAUCGACUGUUCAAAUGACAGUCGAUCCUCAAGCAAUUGAUAACCAUAACGGAUUUCACAAUCAACAUUAUCAUUAUGAUUAUGAUUCAAAUAUAGCAUCAUCUCCGGACAUUUUUCUUACUCAUCCAUCAUCUAAUGAUCAUAAUAAUUAUCAUGAUAGACAAAAUCUGUCCCCUGGAACCAAUUUUUUUGAUAAUGAAUCUGUUUUUCCACCAAUAACGUUAGAAUCUCCACAAUUAAUAAUGAAUAUAAAUGAGAAUGAUCCUAAUUUUUUACAGCCUUUUUAUUGA